UCAAGUGUCGAAACCCAAACUCAAAUCUCAAUUACAAAAAGUUUUUGUAAAAAUUUUCCAUCAUUCAUAAUCAACGAAGAAAACGACGAAGAAAGAAAAUUAAAAAAAUGAACUUACUACAUCUUACGAUACUGGCCCUGGUGGUCCUGUUGAGCAACAGCAGAUGCGGCUCAGAGGCACGUGCCAUUGACGAUGUGGACAAUUCCAUUGAGACGGGUGUUGAGAAGUCAUCGAAACAGCCAUCACCACGCACCAGAUUCGGUCAGGAUUGGAUUAAAUUCACCAAAACUCCACCAGUCAAGAUAAUGCAGAAUCCUGGCACACCCGUUGAGAUUGUAUGCGAAGUAAUGGGCUCUCAAAUACCCACCAUACAAUGGGUUGUCGGUCAUGUGCCCCUAUCAGAGAUCGAUAGCAUUGAAUCGAAUGUCAUCUCAGAAUCCAGUGCUAGUGCCAUUGUUAAAGUGCGCUCCGUUCAUGUCGUCGAUCAUAUGUUAAGCGAGCCACGCAUCUAUACCUGUGUUGGACGUACCGGAUCCAAAACGAUUUUCGCUUCGACCACUGUCUAUCCUCAACCGGAAUUAAAAGACUUACUCCAGUUACGUGAAAAACAAUUUAUGGGCCCAACACGCCCACGAAUUGUCUACAGCGAAAGAAUGCAUUUGGAUUUGGUUGGUUCGAAUAUUGUUCUGCCAUGUAAGGUGCAUGCCCGCCCUCGCGCCGAAGUAUUCUGGAUGAAUGAAGAGGGUAAUCUAAUUGAACAGAAUCAACGUUUCAAAUUAUUGCCAUCCGGUGAUCUCUUGAUAUCGGACAUUAAAUGGGAAGAUAUGGGUGCCUACAAGUGUAUAGCACGUAAUGCCAUGGGCAAAGAUACGGCCGAUGCGUUUAUCUAUCCAGUACAGGUAAGGGAUAUUUUUUAAAAUUA